AUGGAGCCCAAUCUUAGCAUGGGGGUGGGCUGGGAGUCUAUCUUCGCCUUCCCCCGCUCUCACUGCGCAGGAUACUGUGACGCCACUGUGGCAGCCUGCUUCUGCCCCUCCAACACAACCUACGGCAGGAUACCGCCGCCAGAGGAUGCCCCGCUAGAAGCCCCGCCGGUGCAGCGCGGCCGCCCGAUGGGCCAGUUUUGCCAGCCCAACAAGACGCCGGAUGGCCAGGCCACGGCCUGGGGCACCAUGGAGCCUGCCGACCUGUUUGGGCCGGAGGGGUGGUGCACGGCUGAGAAGCCCAAGGCGCGCUGCGAGUGCUUCCUGGAUGGAUGGGGAGGAGCGACCUGCGAGGACCCGUAUGAGCAGUUCUGUUUCAACCAGUGCAAUGGCCGCGGGGAGUGCAACCUGGGCUACUGCAAGUGCGACAAGGGGCGGCAGGUGGAGCGGCCGUGGAUUGCUGACUUUGUGCACACGCCCGCGGCCCAGGACUUCGCCCCCAACGCCACCCGCAAGCGCCCGCUCAUCUUUGUGUAUGAGACCCCACCCGACUACAACACCCUCAUGGUCCAGUACCGCCUGACCUCCAACGAAUUCUGCGUACCGCGCCACUUCAGGACCGGCAACACAAGCACCCUGUCAGGCGCGCAGGCCUGCUGCGUCUGCCUGCGGGCGCAGCGCGGCGCCCACCACCUCUGGGAGUGGACGUAUGCGCUGGAGGCCGGUUUCCUGGAGAUGCUGCUGCAGAGCGAGCACCGCACCCUGGACCCUGAGGAAGCGGACUUCUUCUAUGUUCCCGUCUUCACAUCGUGCUUCAUUAAUCCCGUCAGGGACGGCGCCGACAGCCUGCGGGACUUCUUCUAUGGCGUGAGCCACAAUCGGGUGCAGGGAGCCGCCAACAUGCUGCUGGAGGCGUACCACUGGGUGCAGGCCAUGUUUCCCUACUGGGAGCGGCGUGGUGGGCGGGACCACAUCUGGCUGGUCACACACGACGAGGCCAGCUGCUGGGUGCCCGCCGCCAUCAGGAGCACCAGCAUCAUCCUGAGCCACUGGGGCCGCAUGGACGCCCACCACACCAGCGGCACCGGCUACUCGGCUGACGUCUACUCCAACGAUGUGACGCACCCGCAGUUCGAGCCAGACGGGUUCCUGGGCAAGCUGAACCUGACGCAGCCCUGCUACGACCCGGUCAAGGACCUGGUGGUGCCGCUGAUGAAGACACCGGAGCACUACCGCUUGUCGCCGCUGGUGGGGGCGCCGCCGCGGCAGCGCACCUGGCUGGCCUUCCACAGGGGGCGGGUCCAGGCAGACAACCCGCCAUACUCACGCGGCAUACGCCAGCGCCUGGCCAAGGCCGCCGCAGAGGGCGGGUGGCUGGAGAAGCACAAGAUUGCGGUGGGAGAAUACGACACACUGCAGGGCGACUACUCAGAGCUGCUGGCCUCCUCUGUCUUCUGCCCGGUGAUACCUGGAGACGGCUGGAGCGCACGCAUGGAUGAUGCCAUGCUCCACGGCUGCAUCCCUGUCCUCAUCAUGGACGAGGUUCAAGUGUCCUUUGAGUCGGUCGUGGACCUGUCGACCUUCACCAUACGCAUCCCAGAGGCGGAUGCCGAGAAGCUGCCAGACAUACUGCAGGCGGUGACGCAGGAGCGGCGGGAGGAGAUGCAGCGCGCGCUGGCCCGCGUGUGGCAGCGCUUCACCUACAGCAGCUAUCUGCCCUACGCGCGGCAGUUCAGGGACCUGCAGCAGCAACACGCGGCGCAACGGCCAGCCCACGGCGGCGGCGCCGACGCGAAGCCCAUGUCGCUGCCCGAGGCGGCGGUGGAUGUGGACCCUGCAGCUGAUGAUGCCUUUGGCACCAUAAUGGCCUGGCUGCACAGCAGAAUAGAGGCCACACAAUGA